AUGAGGUUGAUGCUCCUCUGCUGCACCUGGAGGGACGAGCCUAUGGGAGAGGACGAAGGAAGCGACCUGCCUGUAUGUGCGAGCUGUGGCCACAGUAUCUACGAUGGGCAAUACCUCCAGGCCCUGAAUGCUGACUGGCAUGCCGACUGCUUCAGGUGCUGCGAGUGCGGGGCCCUGCUGUCCCACCAGUACUAUGAGAAGGAUGGGCGCCUCUACUGCAAGAAGGACUAUUGGGCCAGGUUCGGGGAGCUGUGCCACGGCUGCUCGGAGCAGAUCACCAAGGGGCUGGUCAUGGUGGCUGGGGAGCAGAAAUACCACCCAGAGUGCUUCAGCUGCCUCAGCUGCCGGGCAUUCAUCGGUGACGGCGACACCUACGCGCUCGUGGAGCGCUCCAAGCUCUACUGUGGGCACUGCUACUACCAGAUGGUGGUGACCCCAGUGAUAGAGCAGAUCCUGCCGGACUCCCCGGGCGCCCGGAUCCCACACACUGUCACGCUGGUGUCCAUCCCGGCCUGCAGCGACGGGAAGCGAGGGUUAUCUGUGUCCAUCGACCAGCACUGCAGCUCCCAGGGCUGUGGCUCAGAACACUCCCACACAGUCCGGGUGCGAGAAGUGGACCCUGACUGCAUCAGCCCCGACAUGAAGAACUCCAUCCACGUUGGGGACCGUAUCCUGGAGAUCAACGGCACCCCCAUCAGGCACGUUCCGCUGGACGAGAUUGACCUGCUGAUCCAGGAGACCAGCCGCCUCCUCCAGCUGACCAUAGAACACGACCCCCACGAGGUGGUGGCCCGAGAGUCGGCGCUGGAGAGCAGCCCCCUGGCUGACCUGCACAGCCCCCAGCGCUCGCCGGCCUGCACGCCUGGCGGUGAGGCCAGUGCCGUGAGCCAGAGGACAGUCAUGAGGAGCUGCAGCAUCGACAAGUCCCCGUGCUCCAGCUCCUUGGGCUCCCCUGCCUCCCAGCGCAAGGACAUCAGCCGCUCCGAGUCGCUCCGCGUCGUCUCCCGCACACACCGCAUUUUCCGUCCCUCGGACUUGAUCCACGGCGAGGUGCUGGGGAAGGGCUGCUUUGGACAGGCCAUUAAGGUGACACACCGGGAGACAGGCGAGGUGAUGGUCAUGAAGGAACUGAUCCGCUUUGAUGAGGAGACCCAGAGGGCAUUCCUCAAAGAGGUGAAAGUGAUGCGGUGCCUAGAGCACCCCAAUGUGCUGAAGUUUAUCGGGGUGCUGUACAAGGACAAGAGGUUGAAUUUCAUCACAGAAUACAUCAAGGGGGGGACCCUACGAGGCAUCAUAAAGAGCAUGGACAGCCAGUACCCAUGGAGCCAGCGCGUGAGCUUUGCCAAGGACAUUGCGUCUGGGAUGGCCUAUCUGCACUCGAUGAACAUCAUCCAUCGCGAUCUCAACUCUCACAACUGCCUGGUGCGGGAGAACAGGAGUGUGGUGGUGGCUGACUUCGGGCUGGCCCGGCUCAUGGUGGAUGAAAAGAACCAGCCUGAGCAGCUCAAGAACCUGAAGAAACCGGACCGCAAGAAGCGCUACACGGUGGUGGGGAACCCCUACUGGAUGGCCCCGGAGAUGAUCAAUGGCAGGAGCUACGAUGAGAAAGUCGACAUCUUCUCAUUUGGCAUUCUCUUGUGCGAGAUCAUCGGCCGGGUCAGCGCCGACCCCGACUACCUGCCCAGGACCAUGGACUUCGGCCUCAAUGUGCGAGGGUUCCUGGAGCGAUACUGCCCCCCUGCCUGCCCCCCGAGCUUCUUCCCCAUCGCCGUGCGCUGCUGCGACCUCGACCCUGAGAAGAGGCCCUCCUUCCCCAGGCUGGCGCAGUGGCUGGAAGCACUGCACAUGCACCUGGAGAUCCACCUGCCGCUGAGCUCGCAGCUGGAGCAGCUGGAUCGGGCCUUCUGGGAGUCGUACCGGCGGGGCGAGGGCGGGCUGCCCAUGCACCCCGAGGUCCCUGACUGA